CACUGCAUUUUGGCUACCAUACCUCCCCUUACAAUACUUCGCCACACUCUCGGGACAACAUGGCGGCCUCCAUGUUAUUGACAAAAGUUAGGCCAACUUUCACUGGAGUAUCUGGUCUUCUGAAGGCCAUCAGAUGUCCAGAAACUGUCAAGGUAGUGACAUGCUCUUUCUCCACAACACACACACGUCCCGUUCAGUUCUACGACAGUCCUGUGGACGCAGUACGAGACAUCAAGGAUGAUUCCACACUCCUGGUUGGAGGUUUUGGUCUGUGUGGGAUACCAGAAAACCUGAUUGGAGGCCUGCUGGAGACUAAAGCCAAGAACCUGACCUUGGUCAGCAACAAUGCUGGGGUUGAUGACUUUGGCCUCGGGCUGUUACUCAGAACAAGACAGGUGAAGAGAAUGAUUUCGUCCUAUGUUGGUGAGAAUGCAGAGUUUGAAAGACAGUAUCUAAGCGGAGAACUGGAGGUGGAACUCACUCCUCAGGGUACUCUGGCUGAACGUAUCCGUGCAGGUGGGGCUGGUGUCCCAGCAUUCUUCACUCCCACAGCGUACGGAACCCUGGUCCACGAGGGAGGGGCACCGAUCAAGUACAACUCUGAUGGUUCUGUGGCCAUCACCAGUGAACCAAGAGAGGAGCGCAUGUUUAACGGCAGGAACUACAUCAUGGAACAAGCGAUCACAGGAGACUUUGCCCUGGUGAAGGCUUGGAAGGCAGACAGAAUGGGGAACCUGACGUUCAGAAAAGCUGCUAGGAAUUUCAAUCCCCCGAUGGCAAAAGCUGCCAAGAUCACCAUAGCUGAGGUGGAGGAGAUUGUCGAGUCCGGCACCAUCCCUCCUGAAGAUGUUCAUGUUCCCAGUAUCUUUGUGCAGAGAGUCUUCAAGGGAGACAAGUUUGAGAAGAGAAUAGAGAGGCUAACACUGACCAAGGAAGCUAAAGAUGACAAGCCCAAGAGUGCUGCAGCCCUGGUAAGGGAGAGAAUCAUCAGGAGAGCAGCACUAGAGUUCCAGGAUGGCAUGUAUGCUAACCUGGGGAUCGGGAUCCCGAUGUUGGCCAGUAACUACAUCCGACCUGGCAUCACCAUCCAUCUACAGAGUGAGAAUGGCAUUCUGGGACUGGGCCCCUUCCCCCGCCCAGGGGAGCAGGAUGCUGACUUGAUCAAUGCUGGAAAGGAGACUGUCACCAUCUUAGAUGGAAGUUCCUUUUUCUCAAGCGAUGAGUCCUUCGGCAUGAUCCGAGGAGGCCACAUCAACCUGACCAUGCUAGGAGCCAUGCAGGUGUCUCAGUAUGGAGAUCUUGCCAACUGGAUGAUUCCAGGGAAGAUGGUGAAAGGAAUGGGCGGUGCCAUGGAUCUAGUCUCAGCUGCUGACACCAAGGUUGUUGUCACCAUGGAGCACACUGCUAAGGGAGGAUCACACAAGAUCCUGCCAGAGUGUAAACUCCCUUUAACUGGAACCAAAUGUGUCAACACCAUCAUCACUGAAAAGGCAGUGUUUCAGGUGGACUCAGAGACAGGUCUCACUCUGACAGAGAUCUGGCCAGACUUCUCCAUCGAGGAUAUUGUAGGGGCCACAGGCUGUGAAUUCCAGGUGGCAGACGACCUGAAACCCAUGGCACAGGUGGAGGUGUGAAUGCAGCAGGAGGGAAGCAGUCUGAUAGAACAGCCACCAGGGAGGGGUUGCAAAGAAGAGAAUAAAUAGCUGACUCGCCAAGUGUGAUUGGAUGGCAGAUGGACACUUGUUUCUACUAAAUUCUAUCAACUUUUUUUCACCUUUUCAACAUUGUCUUCCUCCUGAAAGACUGCCUCUAUUGUUGUGCGAACAUGAAUGUUUUAGACCUUUACUAGUAACUGUACAAGAUGUCUGUUCCUUGUAAACUGUAAAUCCAUUUUAGUCAGUACAGAUACAUGAUGUACAAGAAUAGUGGAAACAUCAAGCUGAAGAAUACAUAGAGAUGAAAGUUUGUUGCUGUAACUUAAUGUGCCUCUUGUACAUUCUUUGUAGCUGACUUUUACAACAUACAUGCAUUGAUGCAAACAAGGAUGCAACUAUGUAUGUUUUAGUUGUCUGUCUGUACACACUGUUUGUCUUCAUAGAAAAGAGUAACUUGGUUUCAGUAAUAUCACUUUGAUAUUCAGAUAAAGUACCAGUAAUGGAGUAUUGCAUGAAAACCUUACACUACAAUAUUUAUAAACCACAAAUGUUUGAAUCUGUCUUUAUAGACUUGUCCAAUCUUCUAACAGUAUGGAGGCGAUACAGACCACUUACCAAUUAUGGAUGGAUAAUUAUCACACAUAUACAGUGAUAUAUAUUUGAAUCAUCAAUAGAAGGCAUUGAAUUAAUGGAUUGCCAAAACUGGAAAAUGGACAACAUGAUCAUUAGAAAGACAUUUUCACAUUUUAGCAGUGUCAAAUUGUCAACCUUUGUUUGGCAUGGUUAUCGUGUGAACUUGAGUAGUUCUUGGGUCAGAAAAAGAUCCCUAUCAAUAUCAUGCCUAUAGUUCCUUAUCUGUACAAAUCUACACAUGUGCCUAAGUGAAGUCAUUUGAAAUACUGUGAAAACAGUAGUCAUCACCAGUGUUAUUUCUGCUGAGGUAAAUAUAAAUGUCUGUUCAAUGUU